AUGGUCCUUGCACAGUGUGGAGGUUCAACAGUGCCUAGAACAUGGCAGAAUGAACUGGAGACACAUGAAGUUUUGGUGGUUGUGGCUCAGAUCUUUUUAGAUUUGAUCUUACAUGCGAGGUUGCCACUUUCAUCAGUCAACCUCCUGAUUAUAGAUGAGUGCCAUCACGCAACAGGCAGUCAUCCAAUGCGUGAGAUCAUGAGAGCAUAUGAGAAUUUAAAGCAGCACUCCCCAGACAGGCUUCCCAGAAUAAUGGGUUUGACAGCUUGUGUGGUUCACCGCAAAUGUAAGAGGAAAGAUGUUUUGAAGUACAUGGAGAGUCUGGAAGCAGCUAUGGAUUGUGCCUUGGUGACCUCUACUGAUCCAGUAACUGUUCUGAAAUAUACCACAGGGCCUAAGGAAAAAGUGAUUUGUUACCACACAGAGAUCAUUACAUCUGACUACCAAGAAACGGUUAAAGCUCAGCUUGCAGGUCUUGAAUAUGAUAUCAUAACAGAUUGUUUCAUAAAUGACAAAGCAAGAAAACAAAUCAAGAAAAAAAUCAAGAACAUUGAACACAUAAUGUCUGACCUUGGUGACUGGUGUGUUGCUCGAGCUAUAAAGUAUGAAAUUGAGCACCUUGAUGAAACUGAAGGAAUGGAGGAAGACCCAAAAGUCAGAGAGAUAUUGAAGUUGCUGAAAGAGAGGCUGAGAGAGGUAUAUGUUGCCUGUGAGCUAAAGGAAAAAUGUAUGGCCAAUCCUCUGGAGCAUAUCACAUUCAAAGUGAAAAGGCUCCUAGAAAUCUUUAGUAAGUGCAAUAAAGAAGUAUUUGGCUUGAUUUUUGUGGAGAGAAGAAACACUGCCAAAAUUCUCUAUGACCUCCUUUUAGAGAUUGCACAACAGAACCCAGUAUUCAGUUUUGUCAGACCCUCCUAUGUUGUAGGAUGCAAUUCACGUCCAGGCAUCGAUAUACGUCUUGCAGAAUUGGAACUCCGUAAACAGAAGGAAACACUAGAAAAGUUCAGAAACGGGGAAACUAACUUUUUGAUAUCAACAAGUGUUUUAGAAGAAGGAGUUGAUAUUAGGAAGUGCAAUGUGGUGGUUCGCUUUGACACCCCACAGAAUUAUCGUGCAUAUGUGCAAUCCAGGGGGAGGGCUCGUGCUAAACCAUCUGUUUAUCUGUUGAUGGUAGAAGAAGCAAGAGUCAGUGAAAUGCUGGAAUGCAUUGGAGUAUACAGGGAAAUUGAGGCCUCACUUCAAUACUUGUGCCAUGGUCGAAAUUUGCCAACAGCAGAGGUGACAAGAAAGCAUUUUGCAGAAGAUGAAUACAUAAAGCCCUAUGAACCAUAUGGACAUGUAGGACCAAAGAUUACAAGCAACUCAGCCAUACAACUUGUUAAUUUGUAUUGUGGAAAAUUGCCCUCUGAUAAGUUCACAGAUAAUUUACCAGAGAUAGUUGAAGAGGUCAAAGAAGGGAUUGUAACUGUUGGGAUCAGACUUCCAAUCAUGGCACCUCUGAAGGACAUGGUAUAUGGUAGUGGAUGGGCAAACAAAGAUCUAGCAAAGAAAUCUGCUGCCCUGCAACUUUGUAUCAAAUUGCAUGAGAUGGGAGAGUUAGAUUCCAACUUACGACCAAAGGAAAGCAAUGACGAUAGCUUAGUAGAAGGAUUGGUUGACCUCCCACCUGAAGAACCUGUUCCAGAAGGCACAUCAGAGUCUGGCACCAAGAAGAGAAAGCGGGUUUAUGCCAAGGAUUUGUGUUACCCAUUUUCAAAUGUGCAUGGAAGAACAUACUGUCUCUAUUCUAUUGACAUUAAACCUUUUGGUCAGACAGAUCAGAGUGUAACCAUUGAUUCUUCUGCAUGUAUUAAUAAGAUUGGUUUCAUCUGCAAAGAAGGUUUAGUAUGCAGCCCCUUUCCAUUGUUCUUCUCAAAAUGGGGGGAUGUGAUGGUAAAUGUUAAGGAAGUUGGUCCACUGACAGACUUAGACACUAGUUUAUUUGACAAAAUUAAGAAGUUUCAUAGGCUUGUCUUUGAAAGUCUCAUAGAGUUGAAGGAAAAUUUAAUAAACUUUGACCCUGAAGAAUCUAAAUGGGAUGCGUUUGUUGUACCACUUGAUUUUUCAGAAAUCAUUGACUUGGACAUAUUGAAUGAGAUGUAUUCCUUGGACUCAAUCAAACCAGUGAUGAUGAGGUCCCACAAUCAAAGUACCAAAUUUGUAAGGUCAAAAUAUGAAGAUGCACUAAUUUAUCCACUUUAUGGGAUACCCUCUGACCAAAUGUAUUAUGUGUCACAGAUUUUUGAUGAAUUAAAUCCCUGUAAUACAUUUCCUCAGGGUAAAAAGGGAUAUGAGUCCUAUGAAAAAUACUUCCUGGAAAGGUAUGGACUUGAAAUCAAGGAUAAGAAUCAGCCCUUAUUAGAAGCAAAACACAUACCAAAGGAACUGAAUUAUCUGAAGAAAAUUCCAAAGAAGACAAAAGAAAAGAAAGGGAAUUUAGUGCCACACUUUGUACCAGAAUUCUGUGGUUUAAUUCCUUUAAGAGCAUCAUUAUGGUGGCAGAUUAUGUGCAUGCCAUCCAUCUUCCAUCGUCUGAACAGCUUUAAUUUGAUGCAUGAAUUUAUAACGGAAACAAAGAUCACAUCACCUGCUGUAAAGAAUAAAGUUCUUGAUUUCUCUUGGACUAGAAAAUUUAUUCAUGAACUACUAGGCUCCUCAGAAAAUGCUGUGCCAAUAUUCUUAGAGAGGAAGAAGCAAGAAUACAUUCAUCCAUUCAAUAUGCUACAUGCAUUCACACUUAAAGAAGCCAGUGAAGAUAAAGACUUCAACUUAGAGAGACUUGAAUUAUUAGGUGACUCAUUCCUCAAAUUUGUCACAGGAGAAGCCCUGUUUCUAAGAGAUGAAAGUUGUCAUGAAGGAAGGCUUUCUCAGAGUCGAGGCAAAUUGGUAUGUAACAAAACCUUGUUUAGAUUGGCAUGCAAGAGAGGUCUAGAAGGAAAAAUUGCUGCAAAAGUUUUCAACCCCAAGAAGAAUGGAUACAUGCCAGGCUUUAGAAUAAAAGUUGAAUUUGAAGAAAUCUUGCGGUCUCUUGAAGUGCCUCAUGACUUCUGGCAUCAGGUUCCCAACUCUGUAAAGAAUGUUGGUGACUUAAAGGAGGUAUGUAUUACUGUGUUUUACUAGUAGACUAUUUGUUUAUGAUGUUUAGCUGAGCUUGGCAAAUGGUAAUUACUGUUUUUUACUGGAUUUUCAUUGGGAAUUGUUUUUAAUGUAUAGUCUGAAUUCAUUACUGAAUGUAUUUUCUGUGAGAUAUCCUUGUCAUGCAACAACUGGAACACCUCUCAAAGGAAAGAAAGGAAGGAGAAAGUGUUGUUGCACUGAAUUAGUAAAAAAUGAAUAUGUGUAAAGAAAUGAUGAAAGCUAGUUUAGUUGUUUAGUUCUUUCUCAUGUGUAAGCACUGGGAUUAAACUGGGUUGCAAGCACAAAGAUCAAUUCUGGUCUCAUUGUGUGUAACCUAUCCAAAAAGGCUGCAUUACUAGUCUUGCAACCAUGGGACCCCAAAUGUAUAGCUUCAAGAGCUCCUGUUUUCUUUUUUUUUCUUUAUUUCUUUAUAUUUCAAACAAUUGUUUCUUUACAGUUCAAACAAUUUGUCUUUGUGUACAUUACCAAUUCUCUGCCUUUGGCAUGCUUCCCUUUUAAGCAUCUGUUCAGACUUGCUGCCUGUGCCUGUAAAUGGUAACUUUUAUGGGCCUUUGGCCUGGCAAAAGAAAAUAAUAGAAAAAAGACAAUUCCUUAACAGCAUUAAAUCCAAAUGAUGUAACCUUGUCAUGAAAAUAAUUUAGCUAAGGGCUGGAGUGUUGAGAAUGACUUGCCAAAGGUGCAUAAAACACUUGGAGGAAGAUUAAAAUCAGUGGGCAUUUAGGAAGGUAAUCAUGCAUUAUUCACCAGUAAAUGUGUGUGGAAUGUACCUUCUGCAAACUAUGGCUAGAAGAGUACCAGACCCACACAUGCACACGUGCAGACAUGCACCCCCCACACCCCCCCU